UUAUUUCUAAAGGAAACUGAUGUCUGAACAUUCUUCUUCAGCUAUGGUUAUAGAUACUCUUCCAGCGGGUUCACUUUCAGCUGUUGCCAGAAAGAGACUCCUAAAAGAACUUCGAGAAUGGGUAACGGGUGACCCUGUCCCUGGAAUGUCCGUUCAACAACCGGAAAGAUUGGACUUGUGGUAUGUAAAGGUGGUUGGUGCUGAGGACACUAUUUUUGUAGGAGAAGAGUAUACUUUGCGUUUUAGUUUUCCUCGAGAAUAUCCUAUUGAAGCGCCGGAAGUUGUCUUUCUUCAACCUACUCCCGCUCAUCAACAUGUUUAUACCAAUGGCCAUAUUUGUUUGAAUGUCUUGUAUGAUGGUUGGAGUCCAGCGUUGACGGUUACUUCGGUUUGUUUGAGCAUUCUGAGUAUGUUGAGUAGUGCAACUGAAAAGGGCAUUCCCAAAGAUAACGAUGCUUAUAUAAGAAACAGUCGAGGUCGUUCACCUAAAUUGACUCGUUGGCUAUUUCAUGAUGAUAGUGUUUGAGACUCUUUUAAAACCUCAAGUUAUAUUAUAGUCGAA